ACUAACUCCAUGGGUAGAUAAAUACGGGGAUCCGCACCGUUCAUCGAGUCAAACCGAAACUUCUCUACAUUGAAAACUACAACGGGAACGAGAGGACCUAUUGCAACAGAUUUGGACCACCUUUGGAUUUUAUGCUUCGGAAGGGGAAUAUCUUCUAUUCACAGACAGUUAAGUCGUCAUGACUUUGAACAAAGGAGACAAGUUGCGCAACAUGGACAAGCGUAGAGGCAGCAUGCCGUUCCCUAUGCAUCUUCAGAACAUGCAUCGGAGGAGUAUGCCCGUUGAUGACCGCGAGAUGCGCGCUUCGAUGACCCCAGUGCAAACGGGUGAGCUGACCAACCUCAUGCGCUGCACAUCUUAUUCCCCCGGGGAGCCCCACCGGGACAGCUGCGUGUCCGACUCGUCCGACUCCGUCAUUUCGUCCGGCAGCGACUCCGAGGGUCAGGUGUACAAGGUGGUACUCUUGGGGGAGCACGGCGUUGGCAAGUCCAGUCUCGCCAGGAUCUUCGGCGGAGUGGAGGAUGGUCACGACUGCGACGAAACAGGGAACACGUAUGACAGGUCCAUCGAGGUGGAUGAGGAGGAGGCCUCCAUUCUUCUCUAUGACAUCUGGGAGCAGGAUAACAGCCAAUGGCUGAAAGAGCAGUGCAUGAAGUUGGGCGAUGCCUACAUCAUAGUGUACUCUGUGACAGACAAGGCCAGCUUUGAGAAGGCGUCUGAGCUCAGGAUCCAGCUUCGCAGAGCUCGUCAGUCUGAGAACAUUCCCAUCAUCCUAGUGGGCAACAAGAGUGACCUAGUGCGGUCCAGAGAGGUGUCUGUCGAUGAGGGCAGUGCCUGUGCCGUGGUGUUCGACUGUAAGUUCAUCGAGACGUCGGCCUCGCUGCAUCACAAUGUGCGGGACUUGUUUGAGGGCAUUGUGCGUCAGAUCAGGCUGAGGAAGGACAGCAAGGAGGAGAACGCUCGGCGGAUGGCCAGCUGCAAACGCAGGGAGAGCAUCGGCAAAAAGGCUAAACGCUUCCUCGGACGCAUGGUGGCCCGCAAAAACAAGAAGAUGGCCUUCAGACAGAAGUCCAAAUCCUGUCAUGACCUGUCAGUCCUCUGAGCAACCAAAAGCUGGGAAUGAUGUUGUUCUCUAAAGCCUGUGAAGACCAGACGCUGUGUGUGUUUCAACACUAACCCCAAGGACUGAGCAUAGAGCUGUACAGAAAUAUAUUUUAAUUUUGUAAAAAAAAUAAAGAAAAUUGAGGAGUGGAAUAUGAUCUGUAGAAAAGAAAGUCCACAUCAUUACAAGGAGUUGUUGACCUGCAUGACGCUUUUGUUUUGGAAGAUUCAGUUUUAUUAUUUUUACGCUGUUCAUCGCCUUAAAUGUAUAGAUAAUGUGUGUUCAUUUUUCAUUUUGCGUAUAUUCAACCCACUGAGGCUUGUUAUUCUAUAAACAGGAAUUGUGAAAGGGCGUUGGUAUAGGAAGCCUUUGCUUCUCAAGUGUUUCUGUUUUAGGGAAGAAUACUGCAUCUCUAUACGGUUCCUGACAGGAAAAUACUGUUUCUUUCAGCACUGACCAGAGGCUGUAUCAUAGUUCAUGCUGUAGACCUGUUCCGAGCUUGUAUCUCAACGAUUCAUACUGUAGGCCUGUUCCGAGCUUGUAUCUCAAUGGUUCAUACUCUGGGCCUGGUCUGAGCUCAUAUCUCUAUGGUUAAUACCGUAGGAACGGUCUAAUCUUGUAUGGUUCAUAUUGUAGAACUGGUCUAAGCUUGUAUCUUAUGGUUCAUACUGUACAACUGGUCUGAGCUUGUAUUUCUAUGGUUCAUGAGCCUGAUCUGUGGUUUUAUCUGAGGCUACAGGACGACCUAGUCACAGUCCAGAGCUACCUGGUUUCAGCAGCACCAGGAAUCUGGAGUCACACUUACUUGAAACAUGAGUACGCAGGUUCGUACUGGGGAUUUAGAGGGGUAGGUCAGGAUGGAUUGCGGGGGGACAUAAGACACAUAAAAAGUAU